UUGGUUAUGCUAUUCUAUUAUACCACACACCACAUACCAUCUCUUGUGUUUUCAUCAUGGGAAUUUCUUCACACCCUUCUCUUGUCUCCCUCUCUUUGAAGGAUCUGCUUGAAGCAAACAGGAAUUCAUCAUACGGGUGUUUGAGAACCAAAAAGAAGGGUGUUAGGAGGCCAACUAGGAGGGUUUUGAUGAAGAGAAGGGGUGGUUGUAGAAGAGGAUCAAAUGGGAUUCGGAGACGCGUGAGAACAUUGAAGACCCUUGUCCCUAACUCUCAUUCUUUGGGGUUGGAUGGACUCUUCAGAGAAACUGCUAAUUACAUAUUGUCCUUACAAACGAGAGUGAGGGUCAUGCAGGUUAUGGUUAAUGUAUUGACACCUUCUCACGACUGAUUCAUUUGUUUGUAAAGACUAAUUAUAAUUAAGAUUUUUGUUUUCCUUGUGGUUUGUAGCUACACAAACAGUGGUUUCAGAUUCCAUGUUCUUUGUCUCCUGCAUCUAGAUUUAGAUCAUUUCAUGGUGUAAGAAUCAUAUGACUGCCUUAUUACAGUCUUUCUUAAUUACAUAUAUUUACCUGUAUUAAUCAAUCUCUCAAUUGGGA